AUGUCAAGAGAAGUUAUUUUUACUGAAAAAGAAAUUAAAGAAAGAGUUUCAGAAUUAGGUAGACAAAUCACUCAAGAUUAUAAAGAUAGUAAAAAUUUAGUUUUAGUUGGAAUUUUAAAAGGAUCAUUUGUUUUUAUGUCAGAUUUAGUUCGUUCAAUUCAUUUACCAAAUACCAAUGUAUCAUUAGAGUUUAUGUCAAUUUCAUCUUAUGGCGCAGAGACAUCAUCAAGUGGAGUCAUUCGUAUUAUGAUGGAUUUAAGAACCAGUAUUGAAGGUAAAGAUGUUUUAAUCAUUGAAGAUAUCGUUGACUCUGGUUUAACCUUAAAACAUUUAAUGGAAUUAUUGAAUCAUCGUAAUCCAAAUUCACUUCAUACCGCCGUUUUACUUCGUAAAAAAGAAGGUCUCAAAGUUGAAGUACCAGUUAAAUAUAUGGGCUUUGAUAUUCCAAUGGUUUUCAUCAUUGGUUAUGGUUUAGAUUUUGCUGAAAAUUAUAGAGAAUUACCAUAUUUAGGUGAAUUAAAAGAAGAAUGUUAUAAAAAAUAA